AUGCCUUCGCCUGAAGAAGCCUCCACAUCUACUGCACCGCCCCCGUCUUUCAAGGAGCUGGGCAUCAUUGACCCCUUACUUGAAGCUAUCGCCACGCUGAAAUAUAAGGCGCCUACGGAGAUUCAGGCGCAGGCUCUUCCUCACGCUCUCGAAGGCCGCGACAUCAUCGGUGUUGCAUCUACUGGUAGCGGAAAGACUGCCGCAUUCGCACUGCCAAUACUCCAAAAACUAUGGGAGGCACCUCAACGGCAACUCUUUGCCUGUGUCUUGGCACCCACACGCGAGCUCGCCUACCAAAUAUCCCAACAAUUCGAGGCACUUGGCUCUAGUUUGGGCGUUCGCGCUGUGACACUCGUGGGCGGUAUCAGCGAAACAGAGCAAGCCAUUGCGCUCGCGAAAAAGCCGCACGUAGUCGUUGCUACCCCCGGACGAUUGCAUUGGCAUCUAGAGAAUACGAAGGGAUUUAGUCUGAAGGCGCUGAAGUUUCUAGUGUUGGACGAGGCGGAUAGGUUGCUGGAUCUGGAUUUUGGGCCGGUGAUCGACAAGAUCUUGAAGGCCAUUCCGAGGGAGAGGACGACAUAUCUGUAUUCGGCGACCAUGACUACAAAAGUCGCGAAACUCCAGCGCGCAAGUUUGUCGAACCCAGUACGCGUCGAAGUAAACUCAAAAUAUUCCACUGUCUCGACAUUGCUACAGUACUAUCUGUUCAUCCCACUUGUCCAAAAGGACGUUCAUCUCGUCCACCUCUGCAAUAACCUCGCCCAGAACUCAAUAAUGGUCUUCACCCGAACAGUCCAUGACGCCCAACGCCUUUCCCUCAUCCUCCGCACUCUCGGCUUCCCGGCAGUCCCCUUGCACGGCCAACUCUCCCAAUCUCAGCGUCUCGGUGCACUCGCCAAGUUCAAAGCAGGAGGACGAAGUGUGCUGAUCGCCACGGACGUCGCGUCGCGUGGACUGGACAUCCCGUCCGUGGAUGUUGUCGUGAACUUCGACAUCCCGACACACUCGAAGGACUACAUCCAUCGAGUGGGACGGACGGCCAGGGCCGGCAGGGCCGGAAAGGCCAUCACGCUCGUCACGCAGUAUGACGUCGAGCUUAUACAGCGUAUCGAGGCGGUCAUCGGGAAGAAGAUGGACUUGUGGCCGGCGGAUAAGGAGGAGGUUGCGUUGUUGCGCGAGCGAGUCGACGAGGCGUCACGGUUAGCUGCCGCAGAGCUUCGCGAGCAGCAGGCGCAAGGAGGCCGCGGCAAGAAGCGGAGGACGGGUGGCGGUGGCGGUGAGGAUGACAAGGAUCGCGAUGAUGAUGAGGUUGAGGCGGGUAUGCCCAGCGCGAAGAAGCGGAGAGGUGGGAAGAGGUAG